ACAUCUGACGGCAGUGGAAAACCGGCUGCAAUUUCUCGAAUCCGUACUUGGGAGGCUUUUUCCAAGCGGAGAGAUGGAAACAAUCACGCGUGCCUUACUCAUGAACGAUGACUCUAUCGAUCGAGCUUCCAUCGAUUCAAAUAGACAGUUCGCAGUCGAUGAUCCAUUCCCAUCUGACCCUACGAUCUUGGACGAUAUACUCAAUACAGUGGAGACUGCGCCACCGGAGUUCGGGACUGAUAAUCAUAUGGACACUGAACCGCAAGCUCAAAUAUCUUUCCACUCCCCUGAGCCUUCAGAAACGACCGGAGCCGAAAGAGCGUUUCUCAAUCGGUACUUCCUUCAUUAUCACACGCUUUACCCCAUCUUGCAUGAGCGAAAGUUUCGAUCAGAGUACGAAAGCCACACAGCCUCACGCCAUAUGCCGGUAUUGGCAAAUAUGGUCCUGGCUUUCGGGGCAUGGCUGUCUACUGAUGCUCGUCAAGACGUGGAUAAGAUUUAUUUUGCUAAGGCGCAAGAUCAUGUGCGGAAGCUUUCUAUGGAAGACAAAGGUGACAUGACUCUAGUGCAAGGUUUAGUAUUGUUGAGUGAAUUUGCCCAGAAACAAGCGAGUCCCGACUCGAGUAUACACUAUAUUGGGACCGCUGUUCGAAUAGCACUCGCUCUCAAUCUUCACAUCGAGCCCUCGGACACGAAUAUCAGUGAACUUGACAAGGAAAUUCAACGGCGAGUAUGGUGGAGCGUUUAUUGUGCCGAGAGCUGUUCAGCAAAAAUCUACGGUCGUCCACUCUUACUGCCCGAGGACGCGUUGAUAACUAUCAAGCCGGUUUCUAAUAUUCAUGAGAAUUCAGAUGACUCGACAGUGUACACUGGCUUGAUACUGCAAUCCAGUUACCAUCGCAUGGCGAAUCAGAUUUAUCGCCGUCUGUUAGCCACCCCCACUAUCACACCUCAAGAUGUUCAUGAAGUUGAACAAAUCAUAAACGCUUGGCAUAGUGGUUCGUCCUUCUGUGUGCAAUUGACCGACCGUUCCUCCACGCCUGAUUGGCACGUCGCAGCCCGUCGCCGCCAAAUCCUGUGUGACCAAAGCCUUCGACUGCUAAUCCACCGGCCAUUGCUUCUAAGGUGGCUGAAAUCGAAGUCUAUGAACAGUGGACCAUUAGCAGAGACACACCCGGAUGAACUUCAUUGUCGCGCGCAGGGACUUAAGAUCGCUCGGGCUACAAUCGGACUUGUUCCUCUCAUCCAUUUAAAAGCAGACCCUGCCUCCCCGGGAUCAAUAACUUGCAUCCAAGACAUCAAAAAGGCAGAGGUGGCUUUAGAUCAUCUUUAUAUUGACCGAGAUGCGCUGUCAGGUUACUUUGUGUUUGUCAUGCGUCGUCUGUUCCAGGUGGCCUCUCGGAUAAGUAGUGAACAUUACGGUCAAACGCUAUCACAUAGCAACCAAAACACAGUGAAACCGCAAGAUGUACAGCCAUCCCCGAAUAGUAUUUUCGGAAAUGUGGAGAUGGCUUUACUUGAGGAUGAUGCUCCCAGGUCCUCAUCUGGAUUCGAUUUCUCGGACUGGGUGCACUCAUGA